GAGAAAGAGGCGCGUUCGGUUAUCGCGCGGGGUGGGCUUCUCCCCUCAGCGGUGUCGCGCUACUUCUGAGGUACAUGAGGCGGCCGCGCGAGCGUUCGGAGCAGUUAUGGCAAAAAGAAAAGAGCGAAGUUUUCCAACACCAGUGCCCAACAAAAGGCUUAGACAAGAAUCCAGAGAUGACUCUGAUGAUGAGCCUAGCCAAGAGGAUUUGUCACAGUUGCAGAUUGACUGCAGUGCUAACUCACAGUUGCUAUCAGGAGAAGUUGGAAUAAUUGAAAGUAUCCAGUUGAAGAACUUUAUGUGCCAUUCAAUGCUGGGCCCCUUCAAGUUUGGAUCCAAUGUCAAUUUUAUAGUUGGAAGUAAUGGAAGUGGAAAGAGUGCUGUGUUAACUGCCCUUAUUGUUGGCCUUGGAGGAAAAGCUAUAGUGACGAACCGAGGAUCAUCUUUGAAAGUGUUUGUGAGAGAUGGACAGAGCUCUGCAGAUGUUUCAAUAACUCUUCGAAACAGAGGUGAAGAUGCAUUUAAACCAGAACACUAUGGUGACUCUAUAAUUGUAAAUCAACACAUAAGUUCGGAAGGGCAUCGUAGUUACAAGCUGAAAAGCAGUACAGGUGUCUUAAUUUCAUCUAAGAAGGAAGAACUUACUGCAAUCCUGGAUCACUUUAAUAUCCAGGUAGACAAUCCUGUAUCAGUUCUUACCCAGGAAAUGAGCAAACAAUUUUUGCAAUCUAAAAAUGAAGGUGACAAAUACAAGUUCUUUAUGAAAGCAACACAGUUGGAGCAGAUGAAGGAAGAUUAUUCAUACAUCAUUGAAACCAAAGAAAGAACAAAUGAUCAGGUUGAACAAGGAGGAGAGUUUCUUGAAGAACUCAGGAAGCAAUAUUUGGAGAAGAAGGAGCGUUAUAGAUGUAUUGCUGCUUUGAGUGAAAUGCAAAAAGAAUUAAAGGUGUUACAGCACCAAAUAGCUUGGACGAUGGUGAGAGAUACUGAAAGCGAAGUAAAAAAACACAGAGAUGAUAUUGAUGCUCAUGAAGCAAGAACUGAGAAAUUUGUUGAGAAAGUCAAAGAAUGGCAGGUUAAGGUAAAUUUAGCAGAAGUAAAACAUAGAACCAUGCAGGACAAACUAGAGAAGAUACUUGAAGAAGCAAAGACAUUAGAACCUUCAUGUAACACUUCAAAAACAGAUGUAAAGGCAAAAAGAAAAGCAUACAACGACGCUGAGGCAGCACUUAAUCGGUCUCAAGCUGAAUUGAAAUGCUUGGUGAAAGACCAUGAACAAUUUCAUCAGAAAAUUGAAGAACUGAAAAAUAGUGCUGAACGGAUUUCAGAACCUGAAAAGUUGGAAAAACAGAAAAGAACUGACUUCUUAAAACGGCAGCUGGAGUUAUUACAUGAUCAAGAUGAAGCAAUUGAUCAGCAGAUAAAACAGUUUCAACAGGCUAUAUAUACAUACGAGGAGGAUUCUGCUAGGCUUAAGAAAGAAGAAAAUGAACUGAAACGAGCAUUGGAUAAUCAACAACGACAGCUAAAAGAGUUGAAUGAGAGUAAAACAAAUAGACUGAAAAGAUUUGGACAAUAUAUGCCAGACCUUUGUCAAGCAAUUGAAAGGGCUCAUCAGCAGAAGCUGUUUAAGUUCAAACCAAUAGGACCCCUAGGUGCUUUUAUUCAUCUGAAAGAUGCUGAACUUGCUCUGGCUGUGGAAACAUGUUUAAAAGGCCUGGUUCUGGCAUUUUGCUGUGACAAUCAUAAAGAUGAAAGAGUGUUGCAGGAAUUGAUGUCGAAGUUCUGUCAACGUGGUAGUCGUCCCCAAAUCAUUGUUAAUACUUUUCAGGGUAAAGUUUAUGAUGUAAGGCCAAGGGCAGUUUUUCAUCCUGAGUUCCCAUCUGUCUUGACAGCGCUAGACAUUGCUAAUGCAGAAGUAGUCAAUUGCUUAAUUGACAUGAGGGGGAUAGAAACAGUCCUGCUAAUCAAAAGUAAUCAUGAAGCUCGUAGAGUUAUGCAGCAAAACAAGCCUCCCAGAAAUUGUAAAGAAGCUUUCACUGCUGAUGGUGAUCAGGUGUUUGAGAAUCGAUAUUAUUCUAAUGAAUAUCCCAGGCCCAGAUUCCUCAGUAGAGAUGUAGAAGCAGACAUAAGCCACUUGAAGAAAGAAGUUGAAAGCAAAACAGCUAAUCUGUCAGUAUUUCUACAAAGAAUACAUUCUCUUGCGAAAGAGAUAAGAGAGAACAACCGAUUACUUAGUGAUCAUGUUAGGCACCGAAAGGAAUUACAGAUAAAAAUGAAAAAAACAAUGCUAGAAAUUACGGACCUUGAGAAUGUAGAAGAACACCAGUCAGUGGACAUCUCUGCAUUAGAAGAAGAAAUACAAGAGAACAAGCUGAAGAUUGAAACUGUUAAAGACAGUAUACAUAAGCAGAAAGAGAAAAUGGAGGAACUGAAACGUAUUCUACAAGAGGCAGAGCAGAAGUUUGCUGCAAUUAAAGACAAAAUCCAUCAUGUACAAGAAGAAGCAGGCCCAGUCAAGGAUGGAUUACAUCAAGCAGACGACGAACUUGAGAGAAGUAAAACUAACUUAACACAUUAUGAGGAGAAAGAAAGAGCCCAUUUGGAAUCCAUAAAAACACUUACAGAUGGCCUAGCUAUAAAAGAAGGACAAUUAGCGGAACUGAUUACAAAGGCUUCUGAGAUCCAUCCAGAGCGAAUAGAAGUAAAUAGAACCUUUAAAAGCCUUGAUACAGAAAUGAAUCGCUUAAGAGAAAAGAUAAAUUCAGAAAGAGAACGUACAGGAGAUAGAGAAGAAAUAAUAAGACAGCUUCAGGAAGCAAAAGAAAAAUACCAGACUGCAGAGAGCGAAGUCAAGAAUUUGAAGAAAUUCAUUAAACUAUUGGACGAAAUGAUGAAUCAGAGAUACAAAACAUACUCGCAGUUUAGAAGGUUCCUUACUAUGCGAUGCAAAUACUACUUUAACUCCUUGUUAAGUCAACGAUCAUAUUCUGGAAAAAUAGAAUUUGACCAUAAGAAUGAAAGACUUUCAAUUACUGUCCAACCUGGGGAGGGAAACAAGGCUGCUCUAGAUGACAUGAAAUCUUUAUCAGGAGGCGAACGUUCCUUCUCUACAGUUUGCUUCAUCGUUUCUCUCUGGUCUAUUGCUGAAUCUCCAUUUAGAUGCUUGGAUGAAUUUGAUGUCUUUAUGGACAUGGUUAACAGGAGAAUUGCAAUGGACAUGAUGCUUAAGAUGGCAGAUUCUCAGCGCUAUCGGCAAUUUAUUUUGCUCACCCCUCAGAGCAUGAGUAGCUUGCCGACAAGUGGUAUUAUCCGAAUCCUUCGAAUGCAAGAUCCUGAGAGGGGACAAAAUACACUGAAUUUCCAUCAUAGAGCUGAAGAAGAUGAAGGCGAAGAAUGAAUGCCUUAAUCAUAUAUUGUGUUAUUAGCUUUUCAUAAUGUAUGUUGGCAUUUUGUAGUUCCAAUUUAUAUUCACAUCCUGAUGAAAUAAAAAUUAGGCCUUUCAAUUUCCCCAGUUGUAACUGUUUUCUUAUUGCAGCUAAACAGUGCUAAACAACAGAACUGCAUUUUAUGUUUAGAUGCUUCCAAAUGUAUUUUGGUGAUAAAACUGCAACAGUAAACUUGCUCAUUCCUGCAAUAGUGGCUCUUCUGGAUUGAAGCUGCUGUUUUGUUCUUGCAAAGCACUGAAUAUAAUACUUUGAGGACUGACAAUUUUCUAUUUUUAUUCUAUAAGUAUUACAAAAUAAGAAAUAAAUCUUACAUAAUAUUUUGAAAUAGUUUUAUAAUAAAAGUUUUUUUUCACACCUGUAAUAGUAGUUGAGAAAUAAAACUCACGUUCAUACCUUU